AUGUCUAGAAUUCUCCUUUGUUUUCCAAUUUUAAGUAUAUUUUUCCUUUUUGGCCAUCAAGAAAACAUUCCUGCCGGUCAUUUGCAGCCGUUAGGUUCGCACCGACCGUCAGAAGGAAAGAUAAAGUCAAUAGAUUUUAUCCCAAGUCCUAAAGAUUUCUUCAAAGAAUAUGCAUCAAUUAGCCAACCAGUCAUUUUCAAGGGAGCUGCAAAAUUGUCUCCAGGAUUUAGUCUGUGGACUGAUAAUUAUAUACGGUAAGAUUUAAAAAAUUUUAAAACUUCUUAUACUUCUCAUGCCAGGCUAUAUAUGCAGGAGUUUAUUUGUUGAAGCUGGUACUUAUUUGGUGAUUGCUUACCUUUCUAAAGUAAAUAUUGAAGAUUAUCCACCACGUACCCGCGACAGGUUACUUCAAAAUCUUAAAGAUAAAAGGGACGGUGGAAAAUAUUAGCUAGAAAUUUACAUGGGAUUGGUUCAUUAAAGGAUCAUAGUUCGUGAUUUUUCAGAUUUAUUGAUAGUUGUCAUGAAGACCUUUAACAUAGUCUACCAUUUAAUUUGUGCGUGAUUGUAAGCAUGAAUAAAGAGAGACAUGUAAUCAAUCUUGUUUUCAUGGAGUGACUUUUAAUGUAAAAAAGAGUUCAUGCUAAAUUCUUAAUCAAAAUCUCAGUGCUUAUUAAGAUGUCAGUUGAUGUCAUAGUUGGUCCACUCAAAAUCAAUAUUUAGAGCUAAAAAUUUCAUAGAACUGAUUUUCCAGCUGUCAAAAGUAAACAUUAUGGUUUAAUGGCCUCAAAGAACCAUAGCAAAAUAUGCAUAUUUUUAACAGAGAUCUUCUAAUCAGUUAAUAAGUUGGUGCCAAGUCAGCUACAAUGCACAUGUAACUAUGUAAAAAAAAAUCACAAAUAAAACAUGUCGUUAUUUAUUUCUUAACUUCACCAUACAGAAACAAUCAAAAUAAAUAGGAAAAUGACAAAGAAAAUGACCAAAAAUGGCAGGGACACCGCAACAGUAUAGCCAAAUACAGCAGGCCAGUUUUAUUGCCUGGGUGAGAGUAGCCCUGAUGAGGAAUGUUAAAUUUUGCAUAGUAACUGACAUUUGACAAUUUCAGAGGCACCACUGAUAAAACAUCACUGUCUCAAACAACAGCCCUUUUCAGGAAUGAUUUUUCCUGGACUGUUAGACCAAAUGAUAUAUUUGCUAUUGAGUGAGUGCCAGGUCAAGAUGGCUGGAUAUAUGUCACAUUCUUUUUUUGCAGACAAAGUGAAGGUCUAUAAAAAUGUAAAAAUGGAGGUGAAUAAAGAGGCUAAUAUCCAGCCAUCUUUAUCAAUCAAGCUUGGUCAAUGAAUUAUUUAUUGUAGAGCAAAAGUAUUUUGCUUAAUUAUGAAUCAAGAAUGACAUGUUAUCUUAAGAGCCAGGAAAGAAAAUCAACUGUUUUUGCAGUGCAAGAGUUGUUUUAUUAAUGUUAACUUUUGUUUUACUUUUUUUCUGCCAUGUUUGUGACUCUAUUGCAUAUUGUCCACAAACUCUGUAAAUCCUCAGCUAACAUCUUGUUUUCUUGUGCAAGAUCAAAGCAGGCAAACUGGAUCAGGCAAGAUGGGCCUAUGUUGCUUUCUCAGAUCGCCAAUCAGAACAUAGUAUUCACUUCAUAUUGUUCACAAGCACUGCCAGUUGUAUAAUAACGGAAACUUAACUUCAGGGUUUAAACUAUUAACUUUAAACAUAAGUAAGUAAUAUAUUAAUAUUCAACAGCUUAGAGUGUCCACAAAUAAUGUUUACAAAAAGAAAAUCUUUAUCUGUAUGAAUUUUGUCUGAAAGAGUGAGAUAUGUUUGUGUCUCUUACCCUAGUAUUUUAAUUUAUUUCAUGUGUACUGUCUACUGGCUUCUUAAUUUUUUCAAACUCUUAAGUUGUUUUAAGAAGUCAAUACCUUUUUUUACCUCAGUCUAAAUAAAUGCAGCUACUGUUAUUGUGCUUGUGUUUGGAUAUGAAAAUUGAAGUUGCUGGUGAGGACUUGCAAAAUAUGAUCUCCAAGAAAUCAGAGUUUGUGACUGUUAUUGACGGUAUGAAGUAUAUUUUUAUCAGAUGAUUUUUUAUUUUACAGGGAAAAGUAUGGUAGUGUAACUGUACGAGUGGAUUAUGGUAAAAAAGAAAACAGAAAUAGACCAGCUGAUGAUCUAACACUUUCUGAAUUCUUGGCAAUAUACAAUGAUUCAGAUAGAUACUUGGUGGAUACCUUGCCUAAAGAAAUGUGGGAUGAAUUUUUCCUUCCAAACUGCCUGUUGUGUGGAGGAUUUACUACCAGACUUCAAGUAAGAAAUGAUCGAUACCACUCACUUGCCAUGACUUUAAACUGGCUUAUUACUCUAUUUUGUGGUUGGUUGGGGAUGCCUACUGCUUGAGGGAUGACUGGUUUUUUUUGUCUCCAUAGUAGAAUGUUAAAGAAAGAAAGAAUGUCUUACCCUCUUCACUUCUUAUGGGACAGUUGUCUGGUUGUCUCAGUCUAAAAUGGCAAAUUUAAAGUAAUUAUCAAAAUUCAAAUGAAUAAUCCACCAAGGAUGUAAGAAGCCCGGUUUAUACCUCACAUAUAAAAUAACUAACUUAAAAAGGUGACCUUCUCACUUGUUAUUAACUCUAUUAACACCCUAUUUUUUAUCCAAAGUUUCUACAUAAUUUGCCAAUUUUUUCCUGAUUUAAAUUUUUCAAACAUUUUUGACAUUUUAGGAUGCAGUAAUGUGGUUUAGCAGUGGAGGUUCAAAAUCUUUUCUUCACAUGGAUACUGUGGAUAAUGUUAACUGUAUGAUCAGUGGAGUAAAGGAGUGGUUUAUAGUUGACCUGGUAAGAAUUUUUAAUUGAUAUUAAUCAAUUUCAGUCAUUUGCCUGACAUUGGAGCACUUUCACAUGAAGAUUGAAAAGAGGUAGAAAUCAAUCUGAAAAUAAAUGCGUUAUCUAUUGAUCAAAAUACAUCACUCUAUAGAUGGUUAAUAUUUUGUGAUGGGCAAGGGCUUUGUAUUCUGAAUGAGUAUUGAGGUGCCAUUAUGGAUCAAUAAGUUCAAGGACCAGAGAGCCUUGAGUGAGGCAAGGGAGGUGGUGGGGUGAAUGACCAACUACUGGUGGGGUAGAGGUUUGCUUGUUUGUUUGUUUGUUUGUUUUUAAUUGCUUAAUGCAUUGUCACUGCUUUUUUCUCACUGAGUUUUCAUUGAUCUUUCUCCAAUAAGGUGGCUUCAGUACUCAAUCAGAAUAUCAAGAACUCCCUCAUCAGAAUAUAUGCCAGCUACAUAGAGCUAGAGCUUAAAACUUUAUAUAUAUAUUUAUACAAACGUAGUGUGGUUUAUGUGUUGUUUCUAACAGUAUUUGAGUCUUAGGAGAAACAUGUUAGCUGGGCUCCUAUAGAAACUCCCUCUAAAAAGGAAACAUUGAAUGGUUUAGGAGGCCGUAUCAUUGAUGCCCAUAGCAUCUGCUGAAAACUGGUGUUCAGUGGGUAUAUGCAAAGCAUUUACAAUUAAAUUUAUUCUAUUUCUCCUUUUCCUUUUCUUCCCACAACUUGUUUUUGCAUUUGAACUCAUUUCGUUGGUUGAGAUUUUGAAACUCACAGGUGGCACAUCAUUUCUGACUUAUGUUUUACUAAUUUUGAUAAAUGAGUGUUUGUUUAAUUGAAACUUUCAGGAACACAGCAAAUUAAUUGAUAUGGACCAUGGAGAGGGUGAUUACUGCAGUGUUAAUGUUGAUCAAGUAGACAUGUUCAAGUAUCCAAGUUUGCAAAAUCUUCCAUGGUGGUCAGCACGUCUGGAGCCAGGGGAUUGUCUUUUUAUACCAUAUGGGUGAGAAGUUUCUUCCAUGGCAUGAUACUGAGUCUGUACUUCCCAAAAAGUGGUUUGCUUUCAGGCCUUGAAUCUAACCAAGUCAAGUAAUGUCACUGAUCAGCCUCUUGGAACUGGGUGUGUUUCUAAAACCACAGUUUUCAACAGGGUGUUAAUAUUGUGACACAUAUGGUUUACAUUUGAAAUUCUUUCAUUUUUUCUUGAUCCUAAAUCAACUUUUCAACCUGAUGAGUAUUAAUAUGACAUGGCAAGGUUGAUACGGAUCCUAUGAUUAUUUUUCUGUCUUUGAUAGGCCACUAUGGGGCAGUGAGAUUUACAGAUAGCAUGUGACUUAUCCAAAAGCAGGGUCAGAAUGUUAUAAUAGCAUUCUUCUCAUCCAAAGAUCUCCCAGGUGCUUCCUCAGGAUUUGAAUCUGACUUGUUCAGUUUUUCUGCUCCCCUACCUCACACUUGAAAUUUCUUGUAACAUUCCUGCCUUCAUUUGUAUAUUUAGCUGGCAGAUUUUUAUUUGUUUGUUGUAGCCUUUUUCACAGUGCAGAUGUCUGCAACUUGGAUGACUUCUUCUCAUGAGUUUUUUGAAUCUAUAAUUUUUUUUGUUUAGAUGGGCUCAUCAAGUAACAUCAUUGUUUCGAAACAUUGCUGUGAACAUUUGGUGGACACCAUUCAGCAGAUUUAAUUCAACAGACUGUGAAGGUAAAAACAGAUGUGCUGUAAACUGUUGUGAUGGAUGCUUUGCCCAAAAGAACAAGUGUUUUCAUGAUUGUGUUACUUUUGGAAUAGAAUUGAAAUGAUGCCAACAAAUUAAAAUCUCAAUCGAAAGUGACUUGUGAGCCAAAGAAAACAAAAGAGAAAAACAGUUGAAGGUAGCCAUGAGCAGUUUACAAAUAGCCCUAACAUAGGAUAGCUAUGCCUGUGUUUUUCUUUUGACUCCAAAUGAUGGGUUCACACAUCUAUACCAUGUUAUAAUUUACAUACUUCACAACUAUGAUGUAUGUAAAUCCUCUCUGUUCUUUCCUUCAUCAACAGUAAAUUCAGAAAAUGGAGAUUCAUCAAAAGCAAAGUUGAGUAACUUUAAGUUCACAACAGGAGAGCAGCUAAGGUGUGUAAAAACCAUUUCCCAAGGAGAAGGAAAACUCCUUGGAAAAGAGAACCAAUCUCCUCUGUGGUAGAUACCCCCCAUGAAAUGAUUCCUCUCAAAUUGACCUGACAGACUAAACAGCAUUUCCUGUCACUAUUCCUUUUAAAACUAGUUCUAUUAAGUCCUUAGCAUCCUAAGAAAUAACAAAAUAUGCAAUUGUUUCCCCUGAGUGAGAUGACCAGCAUUUCCAUCCAUUUCCAUUGCCUCUUUACUUAGAUGUAGUGAGUAUAUUGGGUUAAUUGUCUUACAAAUAGAUUCCCUGUUCAGUAAUAGCAAGAUCACAGAUGAGGUUAAAAAAAAAAGGGCAUACUAGGUGCAGCCAAGGGUGUCACUGAUUUUCUUGCCUCAUUUUGCCAUCCUUUGUGAUCUAUUAUGGAACAGACCCAUGGCAACAUAAAAUCUAUUUGUUUUAUAUGAUGAAAAAGCAAAUUGUCAUCAGUCGUGAGGUCAUCAAUGCAUCUGUCCUCCAAUAUAAAUAAGAACCAAUCAAAAUGAGCACUUAACCCUUUAAUUACCAUGAGUGACCAAGAUUGAAUUUCUCCUUACAAUGUCAAUACAAUAUCAAGCAGACAAGUGAUGAGAAUAAAGUAAAAUAUCAGUUAGAGGAUCAUAAGUUGAUUCAAUACCAAGUUCUCCAAACUUACAUCACAAGAACUGUAUGUCAGACAGUAGGGAGAAUUACUAAUGAGAUCUUGGCAGUUAAAGGGUUAAUUCAGCCUAACAUAAAAAUUGCACCAGCAGAUCUCUAAGAUAAUUAGUAAUAGAAUGAGUAUCGCUAUCUGUCAUUUUGAAAAGGGAAAAAGAGAAUGAAAAGAAAAGGGAAAGUGGGUUAAAAGAAAUUUGAAUUUGAAUUGUAAAGUUGACAAAUUUGGGCUGAAUGUAACCCAAGUUAGCAUUACCUUAAGUUAGUCUACUGCUUACUGCAUUGCAGAUUUAUGCUUCUUAAAGUGAUAAAAGAACACUAUGGAAUGAUGACAUAUAAUGUUAUCAAUCCUUUGAUUGUGGUAAGUACAUACUGUUUUCAUUUGGCUUUGCUUUUUUCGGUUCAGUGAAUGGCCUUAACCAACCGCACACCCUCUCAACCAAUCAGAUCAUAUUACAUUACUAAAACAGGUCACGACUUGAUCACUGGCGUUUUCAUAAUUUUUUUCUUUGAAUUCCUACUGUCCCUUUGUUUUUUGUUCUGUUUCUUUCGACUAGCCUUUGCAGUGGCUCGCAAACUUUGUCUCUUUGUUAAGCUUAGUGUACUAUGCCGUGUCUUAACGACCGUUUUUAUCAUGCAGUGCCUAACUGAGCAUAUAAAGACUUAUUUUUGUAUUUGACUGUCUUUACCUUUUGAUAUUCCUCUAGGGAGAGCACACCGGAGAAAGACUCAUAACAAAAACGGUAAAUCAUAAUAAUAGCUUCCAAAAGCUCAGCAAUUUUUUUACCAUACCUUUUGAUGUCUGCCAAAAGAUUAUUCUGUAUUUGGCAUUUGAGUAAUGAGGCUUUCAGACAAACACUUCUUGACCUUUUUUUAUACACGUUUGCGAACUAUUACAGAAAUCUGAAUCGCUCUACUAACCUCCAAUUUCCCCUGUUGUAUCAUGCAGCGGUUUUCGCUACUUGAUACAGACCAGGAUGGUUACCUAACAGAAGAUAACGUCAUGUCCGUACCUGCCGACGUGGUAGAUGAGGCUUUCGGGCAAACGUUGCCUGGAGAGGUAAGGGACAGGGAAUGAGAUUUUAUUUAUCUUUGAUCAGCAACUAUUUGCGACUGUGUCAUUUAAAAGCGUAGGAAUCACAUUCCGUUCUCGCUACAAGCGUGGAAACUCUAUCUCUUAGGAUCUUUUUCACGAAAUUCAGGACUCUUUGAAACAGCAAAAUCAGAUAUUUAUCUUGCUAAUCCGAUAGGGUUUUUUCAGCAAACUAUAUUAGAGACUUAAGGGGACAAGUUUAUAAGGAAAGUGUGGUGAUGCGUUGGUGGGGGAAUAAAACGAGUUGAUAAUGUAAAUUGACCUCCGUAAAGAGUUUCUGAAGAUGACAUGUCGAGCGUUAGCCUUUUGGCAAAGCGAAUCUACAUUAUCAGCUCAGUUGAUAAAACCACAUUAUCUUGUGUUUGAGAAUGCAUGAUGAGUAAUUUUUUAAAUAGUACAUGUAUUUUGAUUACUUUUCAAUCAAUUGUCCAUUGUAGUGUGAUUUCUUUGGUGUUGUUUUUGUACUCUUUAUUAUUGGUGUAGAAAACUCAUGCAAUCUCCCUACAUGCCCCAGCCAACAACGAAAGUCUGAAAAGAAAAAAAAUAAGGACUUGACCACUUGCAUUUUCCCGCACUUAAACCAGCUACUUUAGUUUUCUCUGAGUUCUCAUUGGCUCGUUUCGCAAAUUUGUCUUUGCUCUGAUUUGCCCAUGUCAUUACUUCUCAGGUAAAUAUCCGUGGCGAAUCUCGGCGACGUGACGAUAGAGUUACUACACUAUUACAAUCUGUGGAGAAGCAGCCUCCUUUGGUCGAGGAGUUCCUCUUGAGAGACGAUAAAACCUUGGAAGAUUUUAACAAAUUUCUUGGACAACAUUCGGAACAACUGGACAAGUCUGUGAGAGAUUUUAUACAGGAAAGACUUGAUGAUGUUUUAAAAAGUCAACAGACCGAAUCACAGGGCAAACAUAAUGAAUUAUAGGCUAAAGAACAUUGGAGUCUUUCUGUAUUUUUCUCAGUUUUUUCGUUUGGCUGAAUCAUUGCACAUAGUAGCUCUGUAAAUUGAGGGAUUUAGCAAUUGAUGUGGCGAGAUUUCGGUAAACGCACGCGGAAGUUAGAACGAUACUUGUUUUUCUAAUUGGAAUUACUUUGGAAGGGAAACUUACUUGUUGUCUAGACUAUUCUGUGCGCUUUUACCUCGUCAUUUUACGCGCGUCUUUUCUUGCUGUUCUGCACAGGAGUUUUCGAAUUAAAUUUCUACAUAGAUUUGGUUUUUCUUUAGUAUGCUCACAGAUUGCUAUAGAAACUUGCGCUAUAGAUGGUAGAGAAACCGUCUGGAAAGGUUUCUCAACCAAUUAUAGGUAAAAAACUAAUGCCCCAUUCACACCAAAGCUUAAACAUGUUUAAAAGUUGUUUUGUUAAACACAGUUUAAUUUUUUUUUUCUUCAUAGAAACUAUUUAACCGAAUAUUUUUGACUUGAAUGUAGCACAUUGGAAAUGCAAGUUAGCAAGUACUUGAAUCCAAUGGAAAAUCAAGUUUUUCAGUUCUUUGUUUAUAAUUUUCAUUCAAUGAAAACCAGUUUAACAAAACAUGUUUUGCUGGUGUGAAUGGGGUAUAAAAUAGCCACGACUUGGCAGCUUCUGUUUUCCCCCGCUUCAGCCUGGUUGCUUGUUUUCUUUUUGACCUCUCAUUGGCUCCUUGUAAUAUUUCCUUUGCUCUAAUUGGCUGAUGACUUUGUUUUUGUUUUACGACAGCCAUCGAAGUGAGCUCUUCUAAUUCUUUUCCCACCAGUCGUUUAAGCCCUA